AUGGACUCCAGAAGCCGCGCUUUCCAGCAGCUCAAGCCUCACUGCAUCGGCCUCAGCCAAGCCGUGCUGGCCGUGGCUGCCCGCAACGGCAACCCCCGCCAUGUCGUGGAUGCCUUGGGAAAACUCCAUGCUGCCCUGCAAGACGCUGCCUCUGAUCCGCUCGCCCUGGACGACAAGCUUGCUGAAUACGUCUUCUUCCCGCUGUCCCAUGUGCUGAAGGAGAAGCAAAAGUUCCCGAUAGCAGCGCUGGAACUCACGCUGCAGUGCCUUGCGCUCCUGCUCCACACUGGAUGGCGUGCCAGAGUCGACCCUGCCUUGUCACGCCAAUUUCUCAUUCUGCUGCCUGCUCUGAUAAGCGGCAGCGCCCAAACCCAAGUGUCUGAAGAACUGAAAGCAGCUGGCUUUGCUUGUGUGACGGAGCUAUUUAUCACUUAUGGCCAGGGCGAGAGCAGCCGAAAGGCUUUGACUGCGGCAGACACAAUUCCGCCUCUAGGCCAUGCUAUCGUCGUCAUCCUGGAAGGGGUGACAGACGGCCCAUCUAGUAAUGUGCAGCUUGCUGCCGCUCAUGCUUUGAGAGCUGCUUGCGCCGCACUCGACGACAGAGAGGCUCUGGCAAGCUUUCUUCCUGGCAUCGUCUCGGGCCUCGCAAAAGUCCUCACGCCAUCGACCAAGCAGCGCCGCCCGUUCGAGCUUCUCCGCCUCUCCCUUGAGAUAAUGAUAUCUCUGUUCAAGGCUGUUCUGAGCGACGAGUACACCAAGCACUUGCCGUCGAGCGACCAGGCUUCCGGUGGAACCCAACAAAAGCUCACUCAGUCCUGGCUCAAGGCUACUGCUACGAAAACGAAGCAGGCUUUGGCCAACAUAAUCCGCAUCCGACAACAUGAUCGUAUAGAAGUCCGGUCAACUCUUCUCGCUCUCUGCUUGACCGUUCUUGAAGAUUGCCGCGACUCUCUCCAAGACAGCGCAGCCAUGAUGAUCGAAACCAUGAUAGUCCUGUGCGGGUCUGAUGAGGACGGCGGCAUGAAAUUUACACUCAAGCAGGUCCUGGCAGCUAAUCAGAGAUUUGCAGAACUGCUCAGGUCAAGCAUACACAGCUGGGUCAUCUCACUUCCGCGCGUCAUGCAGAGUCCUGACGAUUCGGCCAAAAGUCGACUCGUUCAGCAGAUAGCCACCGGCUACGAACUUUUGGCUGAGCAAGGGGUUGAUAUGGAUCUCGUCGAUAGGACUGUGGCAUCCAAUCUUCGCGAUGGAAUCACUGUCGCCAUCUCGGAUCAAUCGAAGCUGAAGGAGAUAGCACCGUCUGCCGGGGCAAACGCAUCGUUGGAUCUGGCCCUUACGACAAAGGGCUCGCCGUCAGUUGACUUCUCCCCUAUAUUCUUCGAUAGCUCUGCGCAAAGGCAAAUAAUUCACGAUUUUCGCGGCUUGGUCAAGAACGUCAGCACCUCAAAGUCAGCGCUGAAUGCCGCACGAGAUUUGGUCGACUCACUCCACAGUAGCAGAGGUGCUUCCCAACUAGCGAGUUUCUGGGUCGCCCUUGAGUUUCUCAAAUCUUCAAACGAGAUUGCGGGACCUAUAAUGGACUUCCUCGAUUUUGGGGACGCCGCCAUCAGCCCGAGGGAGGAGCUAAUGGAAGAGUUGUACUCGCUGUCCUUGGACGUACUACAAGACUCUUCGGCCGACUCCGCAGCGGACUGGAGACUGCUGGCGCUAGCCACGGAAGCCAUUGCGCUUCAAGCAAGCACACUGAAGGAGGAUUUCCGGAUCGAGCUCGUUGAUGCCUUGUAUCCUAUCGUCCACCUCGUAGGCUCCUCGAUACCCCAGCUUCGCAGCCACGCUAUCACAUGCCUCAACAUUGUGGCCACUUCCUGUGCCUAUCAAGAUGUCGGCAGCCUGAUCGUCGAGAACGUCGAUUACCUUGUGAAUGCUGUGGCUUUGAAACUCAACACAUUCGACAUCUCUCCGCAGGCCCCGCAAGUACUAUUGAUGAUGAUCAAGCUCUCCGGUCCGUCGCUUCUGCCCUAUUUGGAUGACCUGGUUGGAAGUGUUUUUGCGGCACUGGAAUCAUUCCACGGUUAUCCCAAAUUGGUCGAGUUGCUUUUUUCCGUCCUAAAGGGAAUAGCAGAAGAGGGCGUCAAAACGCCGCAGCUCGCAAUCACGGAAGGCGAAGACAUCUCCAAGACCAUAGAGCCCGAGCCCCAGACAACCAUUGACGAUAUCGUCACCGUCCUCAAGGACAUCCAAGCCCGAGAAGCAAAACAGGACGACGAUCCAGAGCACGACAUCACCGAAAUCACCCCCCAGCAUCCAUGGAAAGACCUCGACAAGAAGAAAAAGAACCCCUUGAUCUCCGAAAUAGACGAAGACGAGGAAGAACCCGACGACGACAACGACGACGACGAGGAGGAGGAGGACCCCGACGCCGCCGCCGCCACCACCACCGCGAACGACCCCCCCUCCCCUCCCCCACCCGCCCCCAAGACCUACGACCUCCUCCUGCGCAUCUCGCGCCUCACCCAGCACCACCUCGCCUCGCCCUCGCCCGCCCUCCGCUCCUCCCUCCUCGCCCUCCUCCGCCGCACCAGCCCCGCGCUCGCCCGCCACGAAGACUCGUUCCUCCCGCUCGUCGACGCCCUCUGGCCCGUCGUCGUCCAGCGCCUCGCCGACCAAGAGGCGUACGUCGUCGCCGCCGCGCUGGAGGUCGCGGCGCAGAUGUGCGGGCUGGCGGGCGAUUUUAUGCGCGGGAGGGUGGAGGGCGUGUGGGGGGUGUUGGUGGGGCUGUGGAGGAGGGGUAGUAGCGGCAGCGGUAGUGGCGGUGGGGGCAGUGGCGGUGGGACGGCGUCGACGAUUUCGUUGUCGUCGUCGCUGUCGUUGUCGUCCUCGUCGCGGCGGCUCGACCAUCCUGGCGGCGGCGCCGGCGCGGAUGCCGCUUCCUCCUCCUCCUUUCUUACUACUACUACUGCGAAGCAGAUCCAACCUCAUCAGCACCACUACUACACCACCGCGCCCACGCGCAUCGUCCGCGCCGCGCUGCUGGAGCUGUUUACCACCAUCGUUCGGACGGUGCGGGUUGGCGAUGAUUUGUUCGAGGAGCUGCUGGAGCUGCUCGUCGCGGUCGUGGCGCGGGAAGGAGAGGUGAGGAGGGCGUUUGAGGAGAGGAAUGCGGAUGCGGUGUGGCUGGCGGUGUUGAGGUGGGAGGUUGGUGGUGGGGGGCAAAGGGGAGGCGGUGGUGAUGGGAGACGGUUGACGACGGUGGAGAGGGUGGGGAGGGAGAGGCCUGGGGCUGGUGGGUUUGUGAGAGUUGGUCGGGAGGUGGACGUUGGUGCGUAG